UAGUUUUUCAAAAGUAUCGGUAAUUUGAUUACAAUAUUUUUGCUGGUAAUUUAUUGCAGUUACCGUUUUUUGUAAUCCCUUUACAUGUAACGGAUAACAUGUAAUCUGUUAGUCCUCAACCCUGAAUGUAUGGUAGUUGUGUGGUAAGAAAAGGAAGAGAGAAACCCACCACAGUGCAAUCAAACAGUCUAACCUAUAGCACAGCGCUUUCGACUCAGUCUAACCUAUAGCACAGCGCUUUCGAUUCACUCCUUUCCACAAGCCCACUACUUUCCUUUCGACACACCCACUCGCUCAUACUCCGGUCGGGUAUUGAGAUGCCGCUACCCCCUUCUCCUAUUGGGCGAACCGCCGCUGCUCAACUGGGGACUUAAAAAAGACACCAAUUUAUUCACACGGGAGAGAAUCUGACCUGGAGCUAAAUGUAGUGCAAUGAUGCGAAAGCGUAAGAAUGGCGCUUCAGAGAUUUGUGUCCCGAGUGUACACCUCGAACAAAGAUGUAAACAUACAGUUGAAGUCAGAAGUUUACAUCUACCUUAGCCAAAUACAUUUAAACUCAGUUUUUCACAAUUCCUGACAUUUAAUCCUAGUAAAAAUUCCCUGUUUUAGGUCAGUUAGGAUCACCACUUUUAUUUUAGGAAUGUGAAAUGUCAUAAUAAUAGUAGAGAGAAUGAUUUAUUUCAGCUUUUAUUUCUUUCAUCACAUUCCCAGUGGGUCAGAAGUUUACAUACACUCAAUUAGUAUUUGGUUGCAUUGCCUUUAAAUUGUUUAACUUGGGUCAAAUGUUUUGUAUAGCCUUCCACAAGCUUCCCACAAUCAAUUGGGUGAAUUUUGGCCCAUUCCACCUGACAGAGCUGGUGUAACUGAGUCAGGUUUGUAAGGCCUCCUUGCUCGCACACACUUUUUAAUUUCUGCCCACAAAUUUUCUAUAGGAUUGAGGUCAGGGCUUUGUGAUGACCACUCCAAUACCUUGACUUUGUUGUCCUUAAGCCAUUUUGCCACAACUUUGGAAGUAUGCUUGGGGUCAUUGUCCAUUUCGAAGACCCAUUUGCAACCAAGCUUUAACUUCCUGACUGAUGUCUUGAGAUGUUGCUUCAAUAUACCCACAUAAUUCCCCUUCCUCAUGAUGCCAUCUAUUUUGUGAAGUGCACCAGUCCCUCCUGCAGCAAAGCACCCCCACAACAUGAUGCUGCCACCCCCGUUCUUCACGGUUGGGAUGGUGUUCUUCGGCUUGCAAGCCUUCCCCUUUUUCCUCCAAACAUAACAAUGGUAAUUAUGGCCAAACAGUUAUAUUUUUGUUUCAUCAGACCAGAGGACAUUUCUCAAAAAAGUACAAUCUUUUUUCCCAUCUGCAGUUGAAAACCGUAGUCUGGCUUUUUUCUGGCAGUUUUGGGCCAGUGGCUUCUUCCUUGCUGAGCGGCCUUUCAGAUUAUUUCGAUAUAGGACUCGUUUUAUUGUGGAUAUAGAUACUUCUGUACCUGUUUACUCCAGCCUCUUCACAAGGUCCUUUGCUGUUGUUGUGGGAUUGAUUUGCACUUUUCGCACCAAAGUACGUUCAUCUCUAGGAGACAGAACGGAUCUCCUUCCUGAGCGGUAUGACGGCUGCGUGGUCCCAUGGUGUUUAUACUUGCAUACUAUUGUUUAUAAAGAUGAAUGUGGUACCUUCAGGCAUUUGGAAAUUGCUCCCAAGGAUGAACCAGACUUGUGGAGGUCUACAAAAAAAAAAUCUGAGGUCUUGGCUGAUUUAUUUUUAUUUUCCCAUGAUGUCAAGCAAAGAGGCACUGAGUUUGAAGAGGUACUGAGUUUGAAGGCCUUGAAAUACAUCCACAGGUACACCUCCAAUUGACUCAAAUGUCAAUUAGCCUAUCAGAAGCUUCUAAAGCCAUGACAUAAUUUUCUGGAAUUUUCCAAGUUGUUUAAAGGCACAGUCAACUUAGUGGAUGUAAACUUCUGACCCACUGGAAUUGUGAUACAGUGAGUAAAAUAAAUUAAAUAAUCUGUCUGUAAACAGUUGUUGGAAAAAUUACCUGUCAUUCACAAAGUAGAUGUCCAAACUGACUUGCCAAAACUAUAGUUUGUUAAUAAGAAAUUUGUGGAGUGGUUGAAAAACAAGUUUUAAUGACUCCAACCUAAGUGUAUAGAAACUUCCGACUUCAACUGUACCUUUUGUCUCCUGAAUACAAACUGAGUAAUCAUAUUUAUAGGUCUACAUGCUCUCUUGAGAACCUUGAUGAUCCUGAAAUGGAGGUUGAGCCAGUCCAGGAUUAAGUGGGCCUACCUGCGGUAGACAGGUGUAGUCAGUGGUGGAAAAAGUACCCAAUUGAGAUACUUGAGUAAAAGUAAAGAUGCCUUCAUAGAAAAUGACUCAAGUGAAAGUCACCCAGUAAAAUAGUACUUGAGUAAAAGUAUUUGGUUUUAAAUAUACAUUUACAUUUACAUUUUAGUCAUUUAGCAGACGCUCUUAUCCAGAGCGACUUACAGUAGAGUGCAUACAUUUUAUUACAUUUAUAUACUAUAUAUAAAUAUAUAUAGUAGGAUAUAUAGGUUGGACUAUAUAUACAAUAUACUUAAGUAUCAGAAGUAAAAGUACAAGUGUAAAUUAUUUUAAAUUCCUUAUUAGGCCAACCAGGCCUCAUGUUCUUGUUUAUUUAAUUUUUUUACAGAUAGCCUGGGUCACGCUUAAACACUUGGACAUCCAUUUACAAACAAAGCAUGUGUUCAGUGAGUCUGUCAGAUCAGAGGCAGCAGGGAUGACCAGGGAUGUUCUCUUGAUAAGUGUGGGAAUUAGACCAUUUUCCUGUCCUGCUAAACAUUCAAAAUGUAAUGAGUACUUUUGGGUGUCAGGGAAAAUGUAUGGAGUAAAAAGUACCUAAUUUUCUUAAGUGUAGUGAAGUAAAAGUUGUAAAAAAAAUAAAAUACUUUACACCACAGGGUGUAGUUGAGACUUCAAACGUUUGCCCUGAGAAACCUACCAGAGAUGAUUUUGGACAGGUAGGAGUGAGACUUUUAGAAGGCGUCGAUUCUUGCUUUUUGGCCCACCCAUACGUUUUGUCAAGUUGGGUAAAAAACAAACUGGGAAUGGUUAUAUCUGUGUUACAAAGUCUCGAAGUGGAAUUGUUUAGAUUUUUUUGCUUAUCCACCGCCCAGAGGAAGUGGGUGCUUCAAGUCACGCGACCCGGGUCUCAACCUGUGGUGUGCUUUACUCUCCGGAGUAGGGCCCUGCUCAAAGGGGUGAUCAGUGGGUUAGAGGGGGAUCAAAUGAAAAGGAAUAUUCCUAGUGUUUGUGUUGCCAGCUGUUUGGUAAGACGUAGACCCGGUGGCAAUGGUGAGACUCAGAAAAGCAUGUCUGUCUUGUUGAGCUUUGACAGAGUUGCUACCUGAUAAGGUCAGGUUAGAUUAGGUAUUCCGUGAGGGCCUAUGUUCUGAAUCUGCUCCGCUACGGUGCUUUAGGUGCCAAGGAUUUGGACAUGUUGCAGCAGUGUGUAGAAGAGGGAUCCCACGAUGUGAGGAAAGUGCAGGAGGGCAAAGUCAGAGGGAGUGUACAGUUGGGAUACAGAAAGCACUGUGUGUCAACAGUGAGGUUGCCAAUGCAGCUGAGGAUCUGAAAUGCCUUGUGAGGAAGACAGGUUGAAAUUGUCAGUUUAAGUGGGGCAGAACGUUUCCUAUGCCGAGACAAUAAAGAGAGUAGAUGGUAGCCCAAGGGCAACGGAGCCUCCCAGUGAGUAGGUCUGAAGAGAGAAAGAUCCCGAGAGGAUGAGCUUUAGUAAGGUUGGACAUGUUGCGUUUAUAGCCAUGGUGAUGAACUGCACUGCACAGGUGGAGUGGAAAUCACAGAAGGUACAUGUGAUAGUUGCAGCAGCAGAGGAAUAUUUGAGUGUGAGAUUUUAGUAAAGAAGAUCUACAGUCGGUUUUGAGGGAAGGGGUUCCAUCCUCCAAGGCGGACAGCCUGUUGUAGGAUCAUUUAGGGCUAAAGUGGUGGGUUCUGGGGGAUAGUGUAUAGGUGCAGGAAAAGAUGGUGCAAUUUUAAGAUUUUCACAUUCUCCUUUCACACACAGUAUGCACAUACAUUUAUACUGACUACACACCCGCACACCCACUCACAUACAAGCUGCUGCUAUUCUCUUUAUCUUAUCCUGUUGCCCAGGCCACUUACCUCUAUACAUAUCUACCGCCAUCACUCCAGUAUCCCUGCACAUCUAAAUAAGGUAUUGGAACUGACUUUUUAACUAUUUGCUGUAUUUAUAGUAUGCUUACUUAUUUGUGUAUUUCCUAUUCUUAUUUCUUGUGUGUUUUUUUCUAGUAAUAUAUGCUUAUUGAUAAUUGCAUUAUUUGGUUUUGAGUUUGCAAGAAAGGAAUUUCACUGUGCUUGUGACAUUACAACUUAACUUAAAACAUCUUUGGUUGUAGUGGGGGAACAAGAAGUUCCGGAACUAGAACUGUGUUGUCAAGAUACCUUUUGUGUCCGUUUUUAAAUGUAUUACUACAGGCCAACUCGGAUUGAGUCUGAGGCCGGUAACAUCAACAGUGAGGACAGACCCAGCCUGCCUCUCUCCUUCCACACUGAGUAGAAACCUACUGUCACUGGGUCCUGAUUGUGACAGUGGAGCCCAGUUUGCACUGGAGGUUCCAGAGAUGGCAUCAGUGAAGCUGGAAGACUGCAGUCAAACACUGGAGCUGAAUGUCAACAUUAAAGAUGAAGAAGAGGAGGAGAAGAUUGGGAAAUCUCUUUCUCAUGGAGACCAUGUUGAGACAUUCUCUUCAUCCAGAGAGCAACAGCAGGAAGAUCACAGAGCUAAGAGGUCUCACCACUGCCCACAUUGUGAGGAGAUUUUCCCAAUUCUAUCAAAGCUAAAAAUACACCUAAAAAUACACACAGAAGAAAAUCUGUAUUCCUGCACUGACUGUGGGAAGAGUUUCACAACAUCAAGGGCUCUGACAGUUCAUCAGAGAGUACACACAGGAGAGAAGCCUUACUCCUGCUUUGACUGUGGGGAGAGUUUCUCCCAACAGAGCAACUUAAAAAAACACCAACGUAUACAUACAGGAGAGAAGCCUUACUCUUGCUCGGCCUGUGGGAGGAAUUUCUCUCAACAGAGCAACUUCAAAAAACACCAACGUAUACACACAGGAGAGAAGCCUUACUCCUGCUCUGACUGUGGAAAAGGCUUCACAACAUCAACUGAGCUAACAGUUCAUCAGAGAACACACACAGGAGAGAAGCCUUACUUCUGCUCUGACUGUGGAAAGAGUUUCUCCCGAUUGGAUACCUUAAAAGUACAUGAACGUGUACAUACAGGAGAGAAGCCAUACUCCUGCUCUGACUGUGGAAAAUGCUUCACAACAUCAUCUGAGCUAACAGUUCAUCAGAGAACACACACAGGAGAGAAGCCUUACUUCUGCUCUGACUGUGGAAAAAGUUUCUCCCAAUUGGAGAAGUUAAAAUGUCACCAGCAAAUACAUACAGACCAAAAGUCUUACUUCUGCUCCGACUGUGGGAAGAGUUUCACCCGAUUGGAUACCUUAAAAUGUCACCAGCGUAUACAUACAGGAGAGAAGCCUUACUUCUGCUCUGAUUGUGGGAAGAGUUUCACCCGAUUGGAUACCUUAAAAUGUCACCAGCGUAUACAUACAGGAGAGAAGCCUUUCUCCUGCUCUGGUUGUGGGAAUAGUUUUUCUGAUCCGAGCAGCUUAACAACACACCAGCGUAUACAUACAGGAGAGAAGCCUCAUCAGUUCUCUCAGACAAGCUAAGAUUAAAGUCACCAUCACUUCCUUCUCAUCUCAUAAAUUAAGUGGUAACAGUGAAUUUGAUAACAUUUAAGAAAGAGUAAACCACUAUUGGGAUCCUACUGUUUCUCACUGUAAGAGAAUUGUGCAGUGGAAAGGGAGUGUUGUAGAAUGUUAGCUUCUCGUUAAUUUACUGAUCAGUGUGCACCUUGUCAGUUUAAAAAAUAUAUAUUUGAUUUAUUUUUUAGCUUUUACUCUGAAGUUAUUGAGAGUAUCUUGAAUUUGCCCUUAGGGUUGAAUGCCCUCUGAGGCUUCUCACAUUGUAACAAUGGAGUCUGAUGGCUGACUGGGUGGUACUGCAUCCCUCUGCAGUUUUCUGUGGGAAUGAGCUGGUAGACAACAUGUAUCAGAUGGAGAUGGUGUGAUGAUCAGUGUAGAUUCAACAUGUAUCAGAUAGAGAUGGUGUGAUCAGUUUUCUGUGGGAAUGAGUUAGUAGACACAACAUGUAUCAGAUAGAGAUGGUGUGAUGAUCCGUUCUGUGAGAAUGAGUUAGUAGAUACAACAUGUAUCAGAUAGAGAUGAUGUGAUGAUCAGUGUUCUGUGGGAAUGAGCUAGUAGAUACAACAUGUAUCAGAUUGAGAUGGUGUGAUGAUCCGUUCUGUGGGAAUGAGUUAGUAGAUACAACAUGUAUCAGAUAGAGAUGGUGUGAUGAUCAGUUUUCUGUGAGAAUGAGUUAGUAGAUACAACAUGUAUCAGAUAGAGAUGGUGUGAUGAUCAGUUUUCUGUGAGAAUGAGUUAGUAGAUACAACAUGUAUCAGAUAGAGAUGAUGUGAUGAUCAGUUUUCUGUGGGAAUGAGUUAGUAGACACAACAUGUAUCAGAUAGAGAUGAUGUGAUGAUCAGUUUUCUGUGGGAAUGAGUUAGUAGAUACAACAUGUAUCAGAUAGAGAUGGUGUGAUGAUCAGUUUUCUGUGGGAAUGAGUUAGUAGAUACAACAUGUAUCAGAUAGAGAUGGUGUGAUGAUCAGUUUUCUGUGGGAAUGAGUUAGUAGAUACAACAUGUAUCAGAUAGAGAUGGUGUGAUGAUCAGUUUUCUGUGGGAAUGAGUUAGUAGAUACAACAUGUAUCAGAUAGAGAUGGUGUGAUGAUCAGUUUUCUGUGGGAAUGAGUUAGUAGAUACAACAUGUAUCAGAUAGAGAUGGUGUGAUGAUCAGUUUUCUGUGGGAAUGAGUUAGUAGAUACAACAUGUAUCAGAUAGAGAUGGUGUGAUGAUCAGUUUUCUGUGAGAAUGAGUUAGUAGAUACAACAUGUAUCAGAUAGAGAUGGUGUGAUGAUCAGUUUUCUGUGGGAAUGAGUUAGUAGAUACAACAUGUAUCAGAUAGAGAUGGUGUGAUGAUCAGUUUUCUGUGGGAAUGAGUUAGUAGAUACAACAUGUAUCAGAUAGAGAUGGUGUGAUCAGUUUUCAUCAUUAGUUUGUGUGGAUAAUUUUUUUUACUACUAAGUAACUUUUGUUUAAUGAUACACAUACUUUGAAAUGACUACGUGUUUAUUAAAUUGUCUUACAUUCAAUGACGAAAAUAAUAAAUCUAGUAUUUGGUUGACUGCAUUGAACUUGAUGUGCUAAUUAAAAAUACAUAUUAUA